GGGACACCAGGAUAUCGAGGUGACCCUGUGUUCCAACACCGUGAUGGAUUUCUACCGGAAAAUGCUGGUGGACCUGGAGGGUAUUGGCGAGGGAGUGGUAUCACUGACCAUCACAGCCAGGUGUCUUGUUCCUGAGCUGCAAGUGUACCCCCAAAUCCUGCUGUACGAUGAGUGCCAGCUGAAGGUGCCAUACCAGAGGAAGUUCCUCGUUGCAAAUAACACCGCCCUUCCCGGCUGCUAUGGGCUUAUUCCCCAGCAACGCGAGGAGGACUCUCCUGUGUUCUACUCCAGCCCCAAACCCUGUGGGAUUGUCCAGCCUCACAGCAUUGCAGAGAUUCCGGUUAUAAUCGAAGUCCAAACACUGGGCGAGCAUCGCACCAACAUUCUUAUUGGCGUGUUUGGGGAUGAGAGAAACCCACUGAGACCAGAUUUACGGAGCUCUGGACAGCUGGCAGAAAUCUACCCAAGUCCAAGGCUGAUAGAGUUUGGCAGGAUCCCAGCGCUACAGCCUACUUCACGAAGCUUUACCCUCUUCAACGAAGGUCUCGUCCCUACAGACUUCAGGCUAGAGAUUGCUUGCAAACCUCACUGCUAUGCCAUUGAACCCAGAGAAGGAGUGAUCCCUGCUAGGGGUGAGGUGCCUGUGACUGUCACAGCAACCCUGGAUGACACUGGGCUUUUUGCUGACAAUAUCCAGCUGUUCCUUGGGAACAGCCUUUGGACCUCCUGUGGGCUGGUGGCUUUGGGCACUGGCACCACAAUUGUCAUAGACAAGCCAUUUGCGCCAGAUCUCGACCUAGGAUACCAAUUCAGCCUCCUUCCCUGUAUUCAUCGGUUCAAAGUAACAAAUGGGGGCCACCAUUUCCAUCGGCUCUUCUGGAGCGUGGGAUGCUGCAGCCCACCUGAGGAGGAGGGCCAGGGCAUCUCAGCCCUCCAUAGCCCUAAAGAUGAUUACCAGAGCCCCAAAAGUGCUACCCCCGUGUUUGGGCUGGAGCCACUGUUGAAGGACCUGCAGCCAGGCGAGUCUGUGGACAUGGUGCUGCGAGGCUUCUCCCGCAUCCCGCAGGAGGUGCAGGAUUAUGUGUUGUGUGAAGCUGUCAUUGGGACAACCAGCAAGAAAGAGAAGAUAAUAGAAACUGUAAUUACCUGCGAGUUUAUUCACCCCUCUAUAGAAGCAUCAGCCAGAGAAUUCUCUUUCUGGGUGGAGAAGAAACCCAGUGAUGUCCUGACGCUGCAGUACCAGCCUUUGGCUUUAAAAAACACCUGCCUGCUGCCACUGGACCUUAUGCUGGACUUGGAGCAGCCAUUCCUGGUCUGUGAUGAGGACCAGCAGCCCCUCCCAGACGGCCAGCCUGUGACAGUGGAUGUAGGGGAGACCUGUCAUCUCUACAUUGCGUUUGAUCCAGCCUAUGAGCUGGAUUUUAAGAGCUGGAAAAAAGAGAGGGUUCUGAAGAUAGACAUGGUCAGGGGCCAUCCUUUUGUGGAGCGUAUCACCCUUCGGGGAGAAGUCCACUUCCCAAAUCUCCAAAUCCAGCCCGGCACCCUGGAGUUUGGCUGCAUCGUGGCUGGCACUGAAGAAGCGCGUUCUCUGGAGAUCACCAACUGCAGCCCACUUCCUGUCAAGUACCGCUGGUCAUUCCAUUCGGACAGCCAGGUGAACAACUUGAGGUAUGUGCACCUUUGUCCUUUCCCUGAAGCUCUUCUUCCUGGUGUCCUGUUUGUACUUGGCAAAGAACAAAGCUGUUGGCCUAGGAUCUGA